CGCAUGCGCAGAAGGCUGAGAAGUUGUCGGCGCUGUAUGGUGAAACUCACUAUGUAGACGACCUGUUUUGGAAAGCUCUCGAAAACAGAAGACGUCGAAGGCGUUUGAGUGGGAGAAAUCGCAAAUGUAUUUGUCGGGUUUUGUUUUGUGCUGCCUCCUAACUGCAUCGAGCAGUUUGGCUUCAGUUGAUGGUCAAGAAUGUUCGGAUGGGUCUUACGAGAUUGAUGGCAAGACUUGUUGCCAUUGUGCUGCAGGUCAACGGCUGAUAUCUCACUGCACCAAAACCCCGACUGAUGGCAAGUGUGAAUUCUGUCCAAGGGGUCAAUUCAACCCUCACCCGAAUAACGAUCCAAACUGCCGGCGCUGCACGUCCUGCUCCCACGACAACGACAACCUGGAGGUAGACAUUUCCUGCACCAUCGCUAGAGAUGCCACGUGCCGCUGUAAGCAGGGUUACUUCUGCCGCACCCAAAAAGAAGAGACAUGUUCGCUGUGUCACCCCUGCACCGAGUGUGGAUCUGAGGGGAUCAAACAUCAGUGCUCUGGCAGUAAUAACACAGUUUGCAAUGAUAAAACCGAAGUGGAAAGCAACACACCAGUGGUUAUUGUGGCUGUACUAGUACCUUUGCUUUCUGUCGCUGUCGCUGUCGCUGUUGGCAUCUGGUUCUGGAUGAGAAGACAGGGAGGGCGUGUCCCCGGCUCACCUAAAUCCCAAAGUGGCAGCCCCCAUGAAAUGGAGAUGCAGCUGAUGAGAGACAAAGACCUCAGAAAAUACAUCCCAGACCUUGUGGAGGUGCUGGGGUGGACUGACAUGAAAGAAAUAGCAAUCAGGUCUGGUCUACCUCAAAGCUCAAUCGACUUUUGUUUCGAUAACCACAAAGGCAACGGUCGGGAGCAGACCCACGAGCUUCUGCAGGAGUGGUUGGAGAAUAUGGGCAGAUCAGCUUCACAGAAAUUGAUCCAAACCCUGGAAAAGAUGAACAAAAAGGCCAAAGUACAGAAAAUUAAAGAGCUAUUGUCAAGUCUGGAUUAAAUUUGAACUUUACGACAGUGAGAUGGUUGCUGGCCGAACUUAAAUAGAUAUAAAGCACACGUUUGUACAUUUAUAUAUCAAAAUGAUUCAUGUUUUUUAAAAGUGGCUGCCUAGUAUUGGGAAUAAUUCGUUUGCAUGUUGAUUUAUUUAUGUGAUGCCUGAAGUGUUUUGAAAGAAAGCGUAGCGUUUUCUUCUUUGCUGGGUUUUACGCGUUUAAUUCUAGUUUUUGUGGGAAGUGAUAUUCAGUUUUUUUGUUGCGACAGAAGAUGAAUGUUGUAGCUGAGCCAAUCAAUCAAACAUACUAUUUAUCGUUGAGUGAAAGCAUUGUAGUAUGAUUUAUAAAAAUAUAGGCAGUUUUAAGUUCAGUGUAUUGUUGACUCUUGUCCGGGGCGACUGUGUACAAUGUUUCGUACACAAUCUUUUGUCCCCAGCUGGUGAAAUUUCCUCAUCAUUUUUCAUCAUCUUCGUCAUUUUCUUGACAAAUGUGUCUUGUUUUUUUAAUUCUCCCUUCCUACAUUGGAGAAUAAUAAAG